AUGGACAAUGCGCCGAACUGGUUCCGCUCCUCCACCUCCACCACCUCGCCUAGAACUACAACCCCGCAAACGCCCACGCCCACGCCCGACGCCGCCGACUCUUCGAUCCCUUCACCUUCCACUCCAUCAUCAUCCUCCAUGACCAAAGCCGAAGGUUUGGUCAAAAUGGAGGAAAUCACCCGAAAAGUGAACCGAAAGAUUGCGAGGAAAGAGGCGCGGAUUUCGAAAAAUGCUGGUUCGGACACGAAUUCUCCCGCCUCGACGGUGACGACCCCGGCGGCGAAAGAUAAGUCGAAAUCAUCGUCCAGGCGGAGAACUCGAGAUGAACAUCAUGAUCGACUUGCUCGGGGUGAUUCACCACCGGGACACCCUCAUUCCGCCCCACCACGACCGCGACCCCCACCACCACCGCAGUACCAACACCACUCCUCCUCCUCCUCCUCCACUCCUGCUCCUCCCGGAUACGACCCUCUCUACGACGUCCAUCAGAGCCAAUAUCCUCCAUAUCAACCCCAUCCAUAUCAACCUCAUCCAUAUCCACCUCAUCAAUAUCAAGAUCAACCUCAGCAACAGCCCACAACUGUUCCUCGCCCGCAAGCAUCCCACCUCCCCCGAGAGGAAGACACAGUAUGGUUCUUGUGCGGUCACUUACUCGACGUGGGCAAAGCGAUUGGAACUGCGUUCGUGUGCAUGUUUCGAUUUUGGUGGUGGUUGGUACGGAGUGACUGGAAGUUUCUGUACUGGCUGUGGUGUUGGUGCAUGAGCGAUAAGGAUGAUCUGCGGAGUGAUCAUCUUGGCCGUGGUGGUGGGGGAAGACAUGACGGAUGGAGCGAUGGGAAUGACGGUCGUGGGAGACAUGAUGGAGGGAGGACGGAGGAGGAAAAGGAGAAGAGCAGAGAAGACGAUCAUGUUGGGUGGUUGAAGAGGUGCUCGCAGGUCUACGAGGCGGUCUGGCAGCGCAAGGAGCCCCAAUUGAACCAUUAUACACCCACCAAAGUCAUCAUGUCCUCCUCGUCAACGAGGACAUUACCCCAAGAACCACCUCAAUCCCCUCGAAAUACAUCUCCUCAGUCUCAGGAAGCCACUCCCUUGUUCAUGCCACCGCAAUACCAACAACACACCAACUCCGGCACGCUGCGACAACGGAUACACACUCCCUCAGCCAUGGCGCAUACCCCGGACCCGGCCUAUGCUCCUCCUCCUCCUGCUCAGCCUCCCUCAACUCCUGCCCCUCUUCGACGACGACGACUUUCCUCUUGCACACGAAUCCUCGUCGGCACGGGAAUCCUCAUCCCCAUCUCCAUCUUCAUCAUCCUCCUCUCCCUCUUCCUCCCACCUCCCACCCCUCACAAUCCCCACCUCCCCAUCGACAACCUCCUAUCCGCCAUCAGCCACACCUCCACCGCCCUCGAACUCCUCACCGAGACGGCCAAUCGAAGAUCCGACUCCAACGUCUUCGCCUGCGGCAUGAUCGAAACCGCGGCCGAGACCAUCGCUGAGCCACGGACGCAUGCACCGAUUCGCCGAGCUUUCCGAGCUUUGGCGGAUGAGGGUGGGUGGGCGUGUCCGGAUACACUGAAUUAUACCAAGGCCAAGCCGGUGGAUGUGACCUUGACGAAUUUGGGGGUGGCGUUGGCGGAGGAAUUGUGGACCAUGACCACCCUCCUCAACCGCUCCGUCAUCACCUCGCAAGAGCUCGCCGCGGAGUCGGAACACAUCGCGGCUCGCAUUCGAAAAGCCGCUCCUCGAUCCGAACUGUGUCGAGUCGUCCCUCUCCAAUCCCACGCCCACGCCCACGCCCACGCCGUCUCACCUCGACCUCAGACAUCGUGGAUGACGACAUUCCUCCCCUGGACGACUCCUUCCCCACCCACUUCCUUCUCCUCCUCCUCCCCUCCGAUCCACGACUCCGCCGCCUUGAACUAUGAACUCGACUACCUCAACAUCACCCUCUCCCCCGCCGUCGCCUCUCAGGCCCACACUUUCGCGCAGCUCGAAAAAGUGGGCCGACAAUGUUUGCAGCGAUGGAACGCGUGGACGGCCUACGUCCCCUUGGAACGCCUGUCGCCGGAACGCGGCCUGUACACGAUGCAGAAUAUCGAGGCGUUGUGUAGGGAGUUCGUCCGCGAGGAGGACGUGCCUCUUCCUGACGAAGCGGUGGGAGGUCAUGCCAAUCAUCCCUCCUCCUCCUCCUCCUCACCAAAUGAGAUCAUGCAUGAGCUCACGGAGAAGGUGGUGGGAGCGCAGAAAAAAAAGUCAAGCUCCCUUCCCUUGAAUGUGCGGGCGCAGGAGGCGUUUGAGCGAGCGAGGAGGAGACUCUUGGAGGUGGAGGAGGGGGAGAGGCAUCGCGAGAUGGAGCCCGUGGAGGAGGAGGAAGAGGCAAGGCGUCGGGCUCUGAGUGGUGGAAUGCAAAGCCAUGGCUUCAAUUGGCUCGCGCCGUCGCCGCACCGGGAGAAGAGCGCGGCGGGAGGGUGGUGGUCGUGGUUGUGGCGCUGGCUGAUCGAUCGCAUCGAUUGGCGUCAAAGCCAGACUGGGUCUACUGCUGCGGCGGCGAAGCGCAGGGACGCGGCGACUCGCCGGAGGAGGUGUCGUGUCUUGGGCGUGGAAGAAGAUCUGUCCAAGAAGAAGAAGAAGCAGGAGUCUCGUGGUGGCUAUGAUUAUGACUAUGAUCACGACGGCGAUGAUGACGAUGAUGAUGAUGAUGUUGAUGAUGAUGGGCAUGGGCCCGUCGAAACGCUCCAGGUCACCUGUCGGCGCUGGUCCCAGUGCGCGCGGCAGGCGGGUCAGUUCCGGAGGGUGGGGGGUGGUGGUAGUACUGCCACCGACCGUGCUGCUGCCGCCGCUGCUGCUGCUGGAUGA